AUGGACCUCUCUCUCCACGUCUCUGUUGCUGUUUCCGAAGAGACGGAGAGGCGAGCAUGCUCCGUCAGCGACAAGAAGGUAGCCCGUGGGAAUGGAUCGGGCUCGUGUUGGCAGCAACGAACUGCGGGGCCGAUGCAGGGUGACCCUUUGGGCGCGGCCGAGCCAACCCCCGGCGGCCUUGGGCAUUGGGCCGUCCAGGCUCCGAGGCUGAAGGCGCAGGGUCAAGGCGCCCGUGGUGCUGAACCAGCGCCAGCAGACCGUUUCAGCCGACGAGCAGAGACCCAACGCCGGCUCUUGGAGGCUCGGACAUGGCGACAAUCAAGUCAGAACCGCUUGGCAGAAUGA